UGGGCUGACGCCUGAAACAGGUGCAGGAGCCAAAACAGAAGUGGGCGGCGGGGAAACCCUACUGCAACUGCGUCUUCUAGUCCAGUGGGCUCGGAACCCCGAAGUGGAUCGAUUUCCUUCCUUGGCGUGUACAGCUCUUCUAGAGCUUCAGGGAGCUGUUGUCCACAGUGAAGAGGAAUUACAGACCCCUCCUCUCUGCCCUCAUCACCCUCCCUUUCGCCAGGGACAGUGUAUAAAUCACCUGCGCUUCUGACACCUCUGCUUCUCUCCUAUACUCCCUGUACUGAAAAAAGGGAUCCUGUUGGAAAUCGCAGGUGUAACUGGCUGUUGGGAGCUGUCUAAGGUUCUGAAGCUUUCCCAGGAGCCUUCCUUAUGCAAGCCAGGAACUAUUGGUAGUUUGUCUUUUCCAUCACGUCCCUUCUUUUCCCCCAUGCCUUGGAUACUCCUGCAUUCAGUAAUGUAAAUGACUGAUUAUAACAUGGCCCAAGUGAAAUAUUUUCGGAUAGCUGCUUCGGGAUUUUACUUCUGGGAAGCAGCUGUGUUACUCAGUUUGGUUGCCACAAAGGAGACAGACAGUGCAAGAUCACGUAGCACACCAAUGUCACCAUCUGAUUUUCUGGAUAAACUAAUGGGCAGGACAUCGGGCUAUGAUGCAAGAAUCAGACCCAAUUUUAAAGGCCCUCCAGUUAAUGUCACAUGCAACAUAUUCAUAAAUAGCUUCGGAUCCAUUGCAGAGACAACCAUGGAUUACAGAGUGAAUAUCUUCCUCCGUCAGAAGUGGAAUGAUCCGCGUCUUGCAUAUAGCGAAUACCCCGACGAUUCCCUAGACUUAGAUCCCUCCAUGUUGGAUUCCAUUUGGAAACCUGAUCUUUUCUUUGCUAAUGAAAAAGGUGCCAACUUUCAUGAGGUUACGACAGACAACAAAUUGCUAAGAAUUUUCAAAAACGGCAAUGUGCUGUAUUCAAUCAGAUUGACAUUAAUACUCUCCUGCCCAAUGGAUCUCAAAAAUUUUCCUAUGGAUGUACAAACGUGUAUAAUGCAACUGGAAAGCUUUGGAUAUACCAUGAAUGAUCUCAUCUUUCAAUGGCAAGAUGAGGCACCUGUACAAGUAGCAGAGGGACUCACUUUGCCCCAGUUUGUUUUAAAAGAAGAGAAAGAUUUACGGUACUGCACCAAACACUACAAUACAGGAAAGUUCACAUGCAUAGAAGUCCGUUUCCACCUCGAACGACAGAUGGGCUACUACCUGAUCCAGAUGUACAUACCUAGUCUCCUGAUUGUUAUACUGUCUUGGGUUUCAUUUUGGAUUAACAUGGAUGCAGCUCCAGCCAGGGUAGCUUUGGGGAUAACAACUGUGCUGACUAUGACCACACAAAGCUCAGGAUCCAGAGCUUCUCUCCCAAAGGUCUCCUAUGUCAAAGCCAUUGACAUUUGGAUGGCAGUGUGUCUCCUCUUUGUGUUCUCAGCACUCCUAGAGUAUGCCGCGGUCAACUUUGUAUCAAGACAACACAAGGAACUAUUGCGAUUCCGUCGGAAAAGAAAGAAGAACAAGACAGAAGCUUUUGCAUUGGAGAAGUUUUACCGUUUCUCAGACACGGAUGAUGAGGUAAGGGAAAGUCGGUUCAGUUUUACAGCUUAUGGAAUGGGACCGUGUCUGCAAGCAAAAGAUGGCAUUGCCCCCAAAGGGCCGAACAAUCCUGUCCAGAUCACACCAAAAAACUCCGAUGAAAUGAGGAAGGUAUUCAUCGACAGAGCCAAAAAGAUUGACACCAUUUCCCGAGCCUGCUUCCCAUUAGCUUUUUUGAUUUUCAACAUAUUUUAUUGGGUUAUCUACAAAAUUCUUAGGCAUGAGGAUAUUCAUCAGCAGCAAGACUAGGUCCACAGAGGCAUCGAGGCUUAGCUGCUCCAUUUAGCAGGAGAAAUCUCUGUUAUAUAUGUUGUGUGUGUAUAUGUAUGUGUACACGCACAUUUGCCUGCACAGGUGUUUUUAAAAGACAUGUGGAAAAGAGGUUCUAUUUUGACUUGCUAUGCAGAGUCAUAAUCAGACAGAUGAAUGAAGAUGAGUAAAUGCUGUGAUAAACUUUCUAUUUCGUACUAAUCAAAAGUGACCAAUUUUGUCAUAGUAAAUCACAUCAUUAUAUAUUAAAGCUUUACUGCCAAUGUGUUUUAUGGUACAACUUAUUACAUAGUGGUAGUAACAUCCACCACUUUUUGGAGUUCUUAUUUUUUUUUAAUUCAGUGUUAUUUCCUAUUAAAGUUGCUUUAAAACACCCCAGCUGAGUCCCAUAUAAGCAGUAUCUACUUAGAAUUCUUUUUAUAAAAAAAAAAGAUAGACAGUAGUAACAAAUAGUUUAUCCCUAAAAGCUAUUUUCUUAGAUUGUGUCUAACUGCCACUUAAAUCAUUGCUUAUAUCAGACAAAUUUUGAUUUGAGUGUUGUCUCGACACAUCUAAUAGCUCUGAAGGAGAUGAACAAAUUUUCUAAUACAGAAAAUAUUCAAUUUUUUGAAAAAAUAAUUUAGUGUUAUGAAAUUUUUCAUAACCAAGUCAUCUCUCUUGCUAACUAAUAUAAAUGGUCCAGGAGGCCAGCCAAUACAACCCCCUUCUUAGCCCUUAUUAUUCUCUUUGAAUUAUAGUCUGUUCAAUAGGAACACAUUGUUUUUAAAGAAUUGUUAUGCCUGUGUAUUUUUAAUUAUUCCCAAACAAUGUUUGAUAAAUGUAAGGGAGUUUUUUUAGACUUUGAUAGGUAUUUAAUUUUAUUCAUGUGAUUUUGGUUAAUAAUUUUUAUUGUAGCUUAUAAUGAAACAUUCAGUGUUCAGUGUUCAGAAUAUAGCAUGGGGGCUGAAAAGGUAAAAGAAAAGUAUUUAAAAAUUGAGGCUAGAAAUUGAUUUGGUGAAAUUGCGAUGGAAUUAUAGAUGAAUGUUGGAACACAUUUUUCUAUGAGAUUUAUAUAAGUUUUUAAAACAAAUCAAGUUUAAAAGGACAGUGCAGUUUGUUGUAUAAAUAUGCUGCAGGAUUGAGUCUCUUUCCCCAAAAGCAUAUAAUUAUUGUUUUACUUUUACAAAUUUGAGGAAUAUGAUAAAUGUUGAGCACAAUUAUUCCAAUGCACAAGAUACUUCCCUCAGAGUCUUCACAAUGUCUUCAGAUUAAAAUGGAAUUCAACAUUUUGGUUCCAAUUAUUUGAUUGCUCCUUAGAGCUGUUUGAACCCAAAACAGAAGUUUUACUGUGACAGAAUAACUGCAAUUAUCAGUUGACACUGUUUGUAGCACAUCAAAAGUCCCAAAUCUAACCACCCAAAUUCCACGUUGACAGUACAAAUGAAAUAGUGUUGAAGAUUCUGGUUUAAUUUGACUGGCUCCUCUAUUAAAUUUUCUUGAGUAAGUACUGUUUUUAUAAAAGCAAUACAAACAAUUUCAACUAAUUACCACACACAUGUAUCCAAUGGGACACCAGAGGGCAAGUUACUGCCAAAGAAUCAUUUCUGCAUUGGGAGAGUUGAGACCAAGGUAGAAAAUCUAGUAAAAGCCCUUUCUUGAACUCAAAAUCUGGCAGUCUGAUGUUCUGAUCUUUAUACACUGCCAAACUGAAAGCUAGAACUGCCAUUUAAAGCUAAAGAUGUUUCUCAAUUUAAAGGGUCAUAGCAGUUGCUGUGCCUUGGCCUUUUCAGCAAUUAAUUGCACUAUGUUCUAAUUAUAUAUCACUUUUAAUAAUCCUCUUUUUUUAGCAUGGCCACUUUCACUGCUCAGAUUUCUCAUGAGACGUAGUUAGAACACAAGUUGCUUGUUAUCUUGACAUUAUAGACAAACACUGCAGCUAAAACAGCUUGUUACUAUAAACUUUCCUUAUUUUUGAGAAGUGUGUAUCCAAAAGCAAAAGAGUGUUUGAGGCAAACAUAUGCUGCGUUGCUAGCAGCCCAGUUCAUGUGAACCAAACCUUGGCAACGUAUUUUACCGAAAAUGAGAGCCUAGAGAAUGGGGUGUGUGUGUGUGUGUGUGUGUUUAAGGUUUAGUUGGAGGGGGAGUGAAAAAGAUGGCUAUUCCAAAGUGUUGCUGAAAAACAGUUUGUAUGCAAUUCUUCUGUCCUUUAGCAUAUUAUAUAUCAAUACUUCCCACUAAUUAGUUAUAUACAUUGUCUUAUCCCCAAGCAAACAAAUAUGUGUUAAGCAUAUAGAAUGUGGAUAUACAUAGUCAUGUUGCGUUUCAGCUCCUAAAAUCUACUCCAGAUAUCAGCUGUUUCUAUAUUAAAGGAUGCAGCAUAAAUGACUCUAGUGAAAUAAUUGCUCUUAAACAAGUUCAAGCAAGAGUAGUUUUAAAUCUUGUUCAUACUUAUUUUUGUAUCAUCACGUACAUAUUUUUUCCUCUAAAAGUAACAAGAAGUUACUCCAAUAUACACAUUACUGACUAUACUGUCAAAUGAGAAAAUUGCACUUGGAUGUAAAAAAAUAUAUAUUUUUAAAACUCAUUAACUUUCGCCAGAUCUUUUUCUUAAAUGAUCAAAUAUAAUUGCAUUUAACCUAAAAGGAAAGAUCUGACUAAAUAAGCCUUUCACAUAUCAAUCAGUAUUUUGGAUGAUGAAAUUUAUGAAAACUAUGGCUAUUGUGAUUCAAUAUAUUGAUAGAAAUGAACUCUCCAGAAAACAUCAUGAGGAGGUAAGAAGCUAACCAGACACUCAACCAUAUGACU